CUAAUGGGAGGCUGGAGUUGAUAGUUUUCACGUGAGACGUGAUGAAAAUAUAACUUGUACUGCGUCGAGGCAGCAGAUACUCCGUUGUACGUGGACUGAGGAAGUAGUCAGGCACAGGCAAAGUAUUUGUAGGUGUCAGUAUUAGUACUGCAGUACUUGUACUUCUGAGUCUGCACAUGUUUAUGUACCAGUGACUUCUGCUUCUCUUUGGUCCCAGGACCAGUGGAGAGACAACAUGGUUCGGUGGUUCCACAGAGACAUCACAGGAAUAGAGGCUGAGAACAUCCUCCAGGACCGAGGAACCCAUGGCAGUUUCCUGGCCCGGCCCAGUAAGAAGAACGUCGGCGACUUCUCCCUGUCGGUCAGGGUGGGGGAGAUGGUGACACACAUCCGCAUACAGAACACCGGAGACUUCUACGACCUGUACGGCGGGGAGAAGUUCGCCACGCUGUCCGAGCUGGUGGAGUACUACACGGCCGAGAACGGAAUCCUACAGGACAAGGACGGUACUGUCAUCGAGCUCAAGUACCCGGUCAACUGCUCCGACCCGACCACAGAGAGGUGGUUCCAUGGACACCUGUCUGGGACCAACGCUGAGAAGAUGCUGGGAACACGAGACGAGCCCGGAACCUUCCUGGUCCGAGAGUCUCUGUCCGAACCAGGAGACUUCGUCCUCUCUGCUCUGACGGACGGAAUCAGCAAAAGUGGCGGGAGACGCGUCUCUCACAUCAAGAUCAAGUGUCAGAACGGCAGGUACACAGUGGGCGGCUCCGAGAUGUUCGACACACUGACCGACCUGGUGGAGUUCUACAAACGGAAGGGCAUCGAGGAAGUCUCUGGAACCUGGGUGCACCUCAAACAGCCAUUUUACAGCACCAGAGUGAACGCAGCCCAGAUUGACAGCAGGGUGAGGGAACUGAAUCAGACCACGCAGGUGGAGGCUGAGGGGGUGAAGAGCAAAGCUGGAUUCUGGGAGGAGUUUGAUGUUCUGCAGAAGUUGGAGACGAAGGUGAAGAAGAGCAGAGAGGAAGGACAACGACCUGAGAACAAGAGCAAGAACCGAUACAAGAACAUUCUUCCCUUCAACGACACCAGGGUCAUCCUGCAGGACGCCGACCCCAACACCGUGGGCUCGGACUACAUCAACGCCAACUACGUUAAAAACAACCUGUGGGAGGCCGGGGGUCAGCAGGACUACAUCGCCGCCCAGGGGUGCUUAGCAACAACUGUCAACGAUUUCUGGCAGAUGGUGUGGCAGGAAAAAACACAAGUGAUCGUCAUGACAACCAGAGAGGUCGAGAAAGGACGGAACAAAUGUGUCCCCUACUGGCCAGACAGAAAUACCUCCAAGGACAUGGGACGCUACGUAGUGAGCAACGAGUCAGAGAGAGAAGCAACCGACUAUACAGUCAAAGUUUUGGAGGUGGCUCCAAAAGACAUGCCCAAAAAGGCUCGCAAAGUUUGGCACUUCCAUUACCUGAGCUGGCCUGACCACGGUGUUCCUCAGCAGCCAGGGGGCGUCCUCAGCUUCCUCACUCAGGUCAAUCGUAAACAAGCUGAAUGUCCUGAUGCUGGACCCAUCAUCGUGCACUGCAGCGCUGGAAUCGGACGGACAGGGACCAUCAUGGUGAUCGACAUGAUUCUCAAAACAAUUGAUGCUCAGGGUCUGGACGUUGACAUUGACAUCCCAAAAUACAUUCAGAUGGUGAGGGAGCAGCGCUCCGGGAUGGUCCAGACUGAGGCCCAGUACAAGUUCAUCUACCUGGCCGUGUCCGAGUACAUCCAGACCACCACCGCCAAGGAGAACGCCUCCAUGGAAACGGAGACAGAGUAUGGAAACCUGAAGCUCAAACACCAGCCGGUCAGCAGAAGGGCCUCAAAGAACACGGAGGAUGUUUAUGAGAAUCUGUCAAAAGGGAAGAAGAAUGUACUGAAGAAAAAGUCGGAGAAAACGAGCGGCUCGUUGCGAAAAAAAUAAAAAGUGUUUGUGAAAAUAUAUUUAUGUAAGGACAGUUUGUUUGUCAGAGAACAAUAAUUUAUGUAGUUUUAAAUACAAAUAUUUUCAUUGUACUGUACAACAAAGCAUUGUAGUACAAAAUAAAAUUAUUUUUCCCCCUUGUA